UGUUGGUUCCAGCUGACUGAUAGAGAGAGAGAGAGGGAGAGAGGGAGGGGGAGGAAGAGAAGAGCCAUCAGCUCCAUCUAUCUGACGCUCAUACUCCUGGAUAUUAUUAUUAUUAUUUUUUUAGGGGGGGAUGUUUUUAUUUCCUCCAUCUUGUUUUAUUCACUUCUUUCUUUCUUUUGCUCAUUUUCUUUCCUCCCACCGCCGCGUCUCGACUCUGGUUCCACUCUUUCUAAUCCGCUCUCCACUCAUUGCAUGAGACUGUAGAGACGUCCGAGGUCGAUUCUGUUUUCAUUCUCUGUUUGGUUCCAUUUUUUAUUUUUUAUUUUCGUCCUUUGGGAUCGACCGACCGACCGACCGAGCCAGAUCGACCGACCGAGCCGGACCGAGCCGGACGCCGCCGUUUUUAUCUCCGCAAACUCCUCGGGUGGACUUCCCUGCUGCGGCCCCGGGACUGGACCGUGCUCCUGCGGGGCUGAGAGGAGCCGCCGCCGCCGGUGACACUCGGAGAGGAUGAAUUAACAGAGUCGCUCAACAUGCUGCUGCCAUUUUGGAGAUAAUAGAUCCUGCCUCUUUCUUUUUUCGUUUCGCCUCUUUCGCCUCCCUUUCACUUCAUGGGACGGGCGGAGAAGCGGGACACCAGGUGGACAUCUUGAGCGCGCACACGUCACCUGCCCGCGCGCACCUUUGUGACGGCGCGCCUGUCAAUUAGCGUCGCUGAUUGGAUUAUUCUGAUCUUGAACUUUGAAGAGUCUGCAGGUCGCUCCGCUCCACGUCCACCGCCGCCUCCCCCUCGUGGCCUCGCCUCCCCCUCCUCCUCCUCCUCCUCUUCCCCCCCGAGAAGUUAUGUCAAGGCCUCUCACUCAGCUCCUACCGCCAGAUCUCCCUGCCGGGGCCACCAGCCCCCAGUUUGGGGCCAGCAACCCGGCUGGAAGUGGCCCCCAAGGCGGACAGCUGACCUCGAUGACCAACCUGAAGUCCCUGCUCCAGCUGCCGAUCAAGAGCGACCAGAGGGCCGCGAAGGACUGCCGCGAGAUGAAAGACAAAAACAAGCCAUCCGACUCCGAAGAGGAGUCCCCCGGUGUUAACGGAGGAGGGCCCGGCGGGGCCGGAGGAGUCCCGGCCUCCGGCGCCCUGCGGCCCAACUCCCAGUCGGCCUUCCUGGGCCCGCUGCUGUGGGAGCGGACCCUUCCGUGUGACGGGGGCCUGUUCCAGCUGCAGUACAUGGACCUGGAGGAGUUCCUGACCGAGAACGGAAUGGGGAUGCACGGCAACGGGGCCAGCUCCGCCAGCGCCCAGAUCCCCUCCCAGAGCUCCCAGUCAGCGGUGCCCAACCAGAGCUCCCAGUGCCCUCCCUCCUCUCCGUCACCCUGCUCCUCCUCUUCCUCCUCCAUGUCCUCUUCGUCCUCCUCUUCCUCGCUGCUGGGUCUGGAGACUGUCCAGCCGCAGCCGCCGCCGCCGCCGCCGCUACCGCCUCCUCCUCCGCAGCAAGGCAUGAUGGGAGGGCCCGAGUGUCUACACGGCGAUCAGUCGGUGCCUCAGGACCAGUCCCCCACCUCCACCUGCCCCCCGGGACCUCCGGCGGUCGCCAGCGGCAGCAGCGACGUCGAGGUGAACUUUGACCCCGACCCGGCCGACCUGGCGCUGUCCAGCGUGCCGGGCCAGGAGGCGUUCGACCCGCGGCGGCACCGCUUCUCCGACGAAGAGCUGAAACCUCAGCCGAUGAUCAAGAAGGCCCGAAAGAUGCUGGUCCCCAACGAGCAGAAGGACGAGAAGUACUGGAACCGCCGCGUCAAGAACAACGAGGCCGCCAAGCGCUCAAGGGACGCGCGGCGGCUGAAGGAGAACCAGAUCACGGUGCGCGCCGCCUUCCUGGAGCGGGAGAACGCCGCCCUGCGCCAGGAGGUGGCCGACAUGAGGAAAGAGCUGGGCCGCUGCAGGAACGUCAUCAACAAGUACGAGAGCAGGCACGGAGACUGAGGGAGAAGAGGAAGAAGAUGAUGAAGGCGAAGGAGGAAUAAAGGGGGGGGGGGGGCAGGAGAUGAGAAAAGGGUACAAGGCAAAAACCCAACAACAGCAGCACUUUAGUUGAAGUGGCGAGGGAGGAACGCCGGCGUAGAUCUGCCGUAAGCGCCGUGAGACACCGGGCGCAAACACGUGGAAAAAAGUGUUUCAGCUCGUUCGCUGUGCUUCAGGAUGUCACCCCCCCUCCCCCCCCUUUGUAACUUCUCCACACAACGUACUGUAUCACCACCUCGUGUCACCUCGGCAGCUUCCGUCACCCCCCAUAACCCCGCCCCUAGCCCCGCCCCUCCCCCCGGUGCUUACGCCCGGUGUCGCAGGCCGUUUUCGCAGGUAGUGCGUCCCUGUGCUGCUCCGGCCACUUUCAAACAGGGUGUUGAAUUCACACUAUGCCAGUGAAAUCUCACUUUCUAAGCUCAAGGCAUGGACACAAGCCAGCAGAGGUCAGAUGUGUAAUUUUUUUCUAUAAAUAGAACAAAAAAAGGAAAACAUGUAUAUUUUUGAACUGGGCAAGGAAGGCAAGACUAGUCCAGCGUCGAGGAAGAGGAGGAGGAAGAGGAGGAGGGGGAGGCGGAGGAGGAGGAGGAGGAGGAGGGGGAGGCGGAGGAGGCGGUGCAGGGUUUUCGUCCACAAAGCAAAGAGAUUUUGACAUAGGAUUAUUGUAUAUUUUUCUAUUAGCAGAGAUAGUCCGGAGGAGAGAUUUUGGAGAUAAUCUUUUGUAUAUUUUAUAUAUGGGGCGGGGAGGGGCGGGGCUGUGAGCUGGAACAGUCACGGGGGCCACACAGAGCGCCCCCCCCCCUUUCCCCCCCCAGCUGUUUAUCGCAAAACAACAAAUAAUCUAUUUUCGAGUUCACGGUGGGAAGGUUAGUCGGGAGGCGGCGGCGUCACAGAGGAAUGUAUCACGGUUGAAUCAGGUAUUUCACGCGGCGUGAGGUCGAGGCGAGGUAUCUUAGUAACGAUUGGAGGGGACGGAGGGGGGGCGGAGGAGGGAGGGGCGGCGUUGGAAGGGAAGGCAGUGAAACAAAAAAUUGUAUAGUUUAAAAAAGACAAUUUUUGUGUUGGUUUUGUUUUUCCUUCGUGGGGCUCGUCCAAGCACUUGAUUAUCUUCCUUGAUCUUCAAUUUGAUUCCGUGUCUGAUUUUGAAAUAAUCGCAGGGCUUUUAUUUUUCUUGAAGACGGACGGACGGAGAAAAGAGAGAGAGAAAAACAGGAAGUCAUUAGCCAUUUAAGAACAGCUGGAUGUGAGCAGAUGUUUUUUUCCGCGUCACCGAGGUGGAGAGUUUUUCGCUGGCAGGUUUUAGCGUUUAAGUUGGGCGGACGUGCGCUGCUCACACACACACACACACACACACACACACACACACACACACACACACACACACACACACACACACUCGGACACACAGACUCAACGUGGUUGUGUCUUUCUCUCUCUGUUUUACUCCUCCUUUUGUCCAGGAAGUGCAAAAAUGAAAUGCCAACUGGUUUAGUGUUGAUUUGCCCAGAUUGAACAGUGACUGAAACCUUCAGCAUGCAGACACACACACACACUCACGCACACGCACAGUCCUCACCCAGGUUUGAACCCUCAUCGUUGUUGUUGAUGUUGUUAUGGACUUUUAUGGUGCUGAUCUGAUCUGAUCCUUGACACCUGACACACACAUACACACACACACACGACACACACGACACACACACACACAUUUGCAAACACAAUAAAACACUUCCACCAUCUCAAACACACAGUACUGAACUGCCUAUACCCUUUCUUUGUCUUUUAUUCCUUCUUUAUAGUUUAUUUUUUUCUUUCUUUCUUUUGUUGCAUAUUGUAUAUCGAUAAAUCGUAUAUAUAUAGAUUUACACACAAACACUUUGUCUAUACCUCUCCUUCAGACUUUUACCCAAUGAGAAACGAGAAAUGCACCCUACUGCUACUGUACCAUACAACUGUACUAUUGAAUAUGAAACUAUUCUCUCACUAGAUAUAUAUGUGUAUAUGAUAUAUGCUUGAAUUAUGUGAUUAUAGUUGUAAUAUACAUAAUUGAAUAUAUUACAGAAAAGAAAAAAAACCUUUGGAAUCAUUUCUGUCAGUUUUUUCUCAGGUGUUUUUGUCUGAGGUAUUAAAUACACAUAUUAAAAAAAAAAACAUGCAAAAAAAAAGUCUUUGAUUUGAUCACAGGAUUUGUUUUCGGGUUUGAGGAUUAAUCAUCAUUUGUGGCGUUUUAUUGUAAUGAUUCUUUUAACCCUCUCCUCAGACCAACUGUCCGCUCGCUGAAGCCCCGCCCCCUGAGUUACUGUUGCUAUGCCUUUCCUGCUGCACAUCCUAGAACUCAAUGGUUACUAUGGUAACAGUGGCGGUUGUACAACUCCAAAAAAUUCCAAAGAGUUGUUUUCUUCAGUAGCGAACAAAAGCAGUCUUUAGUUUUUUAUGACGGUGACUGUUAUUUCAACGUGGCUAACUGAGUUUAUUAGCCGCAGCUAGCUAGCUACCGAGCUGCCAUCAGCUCCAUUGAUGUGUCCGAAACAGUUCAUGUAAACUCCUUCACUGUAAUAACGCCUCAACAGCUUCCUCUGUAGACGCACAAUAUGAAAACAGAAAGAAAAAAACAAUUCAAAAGCUCACUGGUAUUUAACUAUGCUAGCUAAAUAGCUUCGCUAAAAAUGCAGCCUUCGAACAGCUUUAUCUGAACAGUGUGUCACAUGGUGGUUUUUGUUCCUGAAGACAAUCAAAUCUUAUAGUUUAUUCAAUAUCAGCACUUGACUCGCUUUAUAAUCACGUUACUUUAAUAAAAAGUUCCUGUGUUUUUCGUGAAUAAGCAUUCGACGGCCAUACGUCCGUGACCUCAGGCAAAUUUAAUGCUGCAUAAUGAUGCUAGCAGGAAGGCUGACUUUCUAAUGUUUCCAGUUAUACGUUUUUAAAAUAUGAGGUCAUCAUAUACAGGAAUAAUCAUAUGUGAUGCUAAAAGGCUAUGGCUAAAGCUACGUGCCAAAGCAAAAAGUCGACAUCCUCACAAUUUGUUGAUGACACAGGAAGAUAUAAAUAAAUGCUAUUGUACUUUUAUUGCACUUAACAGGAAAAGUAUUUUAGUACAAUUUUUAAGAAAUACAUGUAGUACAGCAUUCACAGUUUACUGUUGGAGAUAAGACGUAAGCUGUUAGCGGCUAGCUGCCAGGGCUACUUAGCUCCCAGUUAGCUGUUGCCCAGAACUCUCGUGUCAGUGGGACUUUAUCUAACAUAACCUGUAACCUCACACGAUGAUGAAGAUGGUUUGAUAAUAAUAUCUUCACCUUGGCACGGACGCUGAGCUACGAUUGGACAGUUGCAGUUUGGGGGAGGGGUUUAGUGAACGGUUCAUUUCACGCUGUUGCAUCUUUAUGUGGAGACGACAGCUCGACGAGCUGAAGCUUCUCGUUACCUGCGACACGUUGCUACUCUCAUGUUCGCUCCCACAAGCUGAUGUUACAUUUCUUUGUUUCCUUCAUGAACAACUUUGACUUGAUUUCCCAUGAGCCAGUUUGCUGUUGGUUCCAUCCACAGAGACUCAGGUGCAUUGUGGGAGCUGUAAUUCUGUCCAUGACAUUUUUUUUUUUCUCCUUCUUUUUAAUAUCUCGGAUUUUGGGAUUUCUUCACAGACGUUUCAGAAACUUUUUGGACAGUGAUAUUUUUCUAUGUAACUGUCGAGCGUGUUGCAACAUUUUUUUCCCCCGGCGGGCGUUCGAGACCCCGAUCUGCGAACGGCGGCCGGGACAGUUUCGCCGCCGUGCGAUCAAACGUCAUUGCGGGUCUCGAUGACAACAGUAAGAACAACGGCGAUGAUAAUAAUCUUACUUCUCCUCCGACUUUGUGGAUUCUCAGCUGACUCCUCUUUGUGACUGACUGUUAUGAACCCCCCCCCCAGUAUUGUGUGCUGUCCACAGACGAUGACGUGUGUGGUGUGAAUAAAGGCUUGUCCGUACUCACCGA